AUGGUCGCCAUCUACCUCGCCUCGUUCGCGGCCCUUUUCGGGUUUGCGGCCGCCGAGUGCGCGCCGGGUGUCGGCGAGCGCGCGCCCACGGCCCACGUCCAAGUGCUCUCGUACAACGACGUGUACGAGAUGAAGCCCGAGGCCGACGUGACGCAGUACGGCGUCCUUGUCGGCGGCCCCUCGCGUGUCAUCCCGGUGGCCCAAAAGCUCCGCAAGAACUACGAGAACAACCUCGUCAUUUUCGCCGGUGACACCAUGUCGCCGUCGCUCUGGUCGGGUCAGUUCAAGGGUCUCCAGAUGAUCGAGGCCCACAACGCGAUCAAGGUCGACUUCGCAUGCCUCGGCAACCACGAGUUCGACUUUGGCAUCGACGCGUUCCUGAACGCCUCGGCCGCCUCCAAGUUUCCGUGGCUCAACGUCAAUGCAUACGAGGUCGCCACCAAGCAGCUCCUUCGCGGAACCCAAAAGUACGCGACCAAGGAGUUCAACUCGGCGACGAUGGGCAAGAUGAAGGUCGGUGCGUUCGGCGUCAUGUACGACAUGCAGGAUACGUCCAAGGGCAUGUACUGGACGGACCCGAUCGCGGCCUCCAAGGAGGCUGUCGAGUACCUCCGCAAGGUCGAGAAGGUCGACAUGGUCAUUGCGCUCACGCACCAGUUUCUGGACGACGACAACCGCUUCUCGCAGCAGGUCAAGGGCAUCGAUAUGAUUUACGGCGGCCACGACCACGCGGCGAUGCUCCAGUCCAACUUUGGCACGACGUACCUCAAGUCGGACCUCAACUUCCGCAGCAUUUGGAUCUCGGACAUCAAGUACUAUGGCCCGGGCCGCGACACCAACAACAAGGCGACGACGCCGUUCACCAAGAUGAGCCACAAGAACCUCCAGAUCACAAGCGGCAUGCCGGUGGAUCCCGAUUUCGAGGCCAUUAUCAAGACGUACGACGACAAGAUCAGUGGCCUCUUCAAGCGCAAGGUCGGCUCGCUCUGCGCCGAAACGGACCUGCGCAAGAACCUCGUCUACUACACCAAGGCGACGGUCGAUGCUGCGAUCAUGAACGGCGGCGGUAUCCGCACCGACAAGCUCUGGCCCGCGGACGACCUCACGCUCGGCGACCUCAUCUCGUGGUCGCCGUUCGGUGACUCGAUCGUCGUUAUCAGCACGGACGGCGCGAGCUUCAAGAAGUUUAUGAACUACAAGAUGGUCGACUCGUGCGGCGACAAGAUGGUGGCCGAGAACGGCCACUACUUCCACAUGGCCGGCAUGACGUGGACGUUCACGUGCAGCGGCAAGGGUGCGGGCGCGAUCACGAGCCUCAAGUGGGACGGCAAGUCGCGCACGGGCGACGUCAUGGACAGCGACAAGCUCAACCUCGCGCUCUCGACGUACAUGAAGGGUCUCUUUGACCAGGCGGGCGGCGUGGCCAAGUGGAUCGUCGACCCGAACGAGGCGACGCGCAUCGAAGCCAUCUUGGAGGCGUUCAUCAAGAAGAACAACGACAGCGUCUGCCCCAAGCUCGAGGGCCGCAACAAGGUCGUCCCGCCCUCGUAA